UUUGUCGACUUGAUCAAAAGUAACAUUACUUUCCCCUCGUCAAAAUAUUCGUCAAAAUUCGAACCCGAAAAUUUUCAUUCGGCCGGCGUCUUACUCCACCACGCAAUCACCCACCAACACCCAAUCAAGAGUGAACUUGAUAGCGUUUCCGGGGAUAACACCUCCAGUACCUAGUAAAGCAAAAAAAAAGUGAAAGAUAAUGGGGCCGAAUUUAUCAGAGGACGAGAUUGACGAUCUCAUCUACCUCGCCCGGACCGGCGACGACGCAGAGCUCACGAGCAUGCUCCAGGAGCUCGUCGCCAGAGAAAAUGUCACGUGCGCUGAUAUUCUAGAGGCGACGAGAGAUGAUGGCAAGGCGACUUGCUUGCAUAUGGCUGCGGCGAAUGGACAUGCGAAAACCGUAACACUGCUCCUCUCAUACUUCCCCAUCACCACCAAGGCAUCGCGAAGACAAUCACAGGAAGUAGAAAAGCCAACAGGAACGGCGGAGGCAGCAGCAACAGCAGAAGCCACAGCACCAGAGCCCCCCUACAUCAACGCUUACAACACCUUCGGCAACACGGCCCUGCACUGGGCCUGUCUCGGCGGCCAUCUCGCCACCGUCAAGCUGCUCCUCUCGCGUGGUGCCGAUCCCGCCGCCGUCAACGACAAGGAGCAGAUCCCGCUUGAUCUGGCGGCAUUCAACAACCAUAUGCAUGUUGUUGAGUACUUUUUGGCGCAGAGUAGGGAUAUUGAGGGGGAUAAUGUUAAGGAAGGGGGUUUGGAGGGGGUUGUGAGGGAUGUGAGCAUGAAUGAAGGGGAAGAGGGGGGAAAGGGGGAAGAGACGGGGGCCGGUGGGUAG